AUGAUUUUGAGAUUUCGCGCGCCGAAUGGAAUGCACAGGCUCGAAUGUGAAAAAAACUGGACUUUUGGAGCUGUCUUGGAGCAACUAAUCGUGAAAUUAGGAGCACAUGUGGAUGAGACGUCGUUAGCCAUUGGUGAAAAGCCAUCGUCUUUGAAGCCAGCUGCCACACUUGCAACGUCAACUGUUGAACAGCUUGGAUUAAAGCAUGGGGACAUGCUUUAUGUGAAUUACGGGACGAGAGAGGAUCAUAACGUUGAGAACGCAGAGAACCCAGAUAGGGAUCAAUCAUCAGUGAAAUUGAAUGCAGGUGUUGGAUUUUCUGCGCCUUUGAAAGUUAAGGAAUUGGCAAUUGACCAGGAAUUGGAAUCUCAAGACGGGCUUAUUCCACGGGCAAAAUCUAGUUUGUGUAGACACGGUGAUAAAGGUAUGUGUGAAUACUGUGCGCCGCUUCCGCCCUGGGACCGAGAAUAUCACGAAGAGCGUAAUUUGAAGCACAUAUCUUUCCAUGCAUAUUUGAAGCAACUCAACGAGCAAACCAACAAGAAAUCCAGCGCAAGCUCUUACAUCGCACCGUUGUCACAACCGGACUUCAGGAUUAAUAAGAAUUGUCCCACGGGCCAUAAACCCUGGCCCCAGGGUAUAUGCUCCAAAUGUCAGCCGUCUGCGAUUACGCUGCAGCAACAACCGUUCCGUAUGGUGGACUAUGUCGAAUUUCAACGUAGCGAAAUGAUCAACGAGUUCAUAAACAGCUGGAGAACCACAGGAACGCAACGGUUCGGGUAUUUAUACGGGCAUUACGACAGAUACGAAAGCACUCCUUUGGGAAUUUCUGCUGUGGUGGAUGCAAUCUACGAGCCUCCGCAACACGACGAGUCUGACGGGCUCAGUAUGGACGUAUCCAUGGUAGCCGAAGAAAUGCACAAAAUCGAUGUCGUUGCUUCGGACAUGGGACUCGUGCGUCUGGGGAUGAUAUUCACAGAUUUAACCGACGCCGGAGCUGGAGACGGAUCUGUAUUCUGUAAACGGCACAAGGAUUCUUUUUUUUUGUCGUCUCUCGAAGUAAUCAUGGCUGCGAAACACCAACUGAAGUUCCCGAACGCGUGCAAAUACAGCGAACAGGGCAAAUUCUCCUCCAAGUUCGUAACCUGCGUGAUCUCGGGCAACGUUGACGGCGAGAUUGACAUCUCGACGUACCAGGUUUCUGCGGGCGCAGAGGCGCUUGUCCAAGCGGAUUUCGUCGAGGGCUCGACGCAUCCGUCGAUGGCCUACAUUCAAGAAACGAACGCCGAUCGGUACGUCCCAGAAAUAUUCUACAUGCGCAAGAACGAGUACAACUUAGCGGUCAAAGAGAACGCCAAACCCGCGUUCCCAGUCGAGUACUUGCUAGUCUCAUUGACCCAUGGGUUCCCGAAACCUGACUCUUCCAGAAAACUCACGUUCAACAGCUCCCAAUUUCCAUGGGCCAAUCGGCACGCCAUGGGAGUUUCACAAGACUACCUCCAACUCAAGUCCUUGCUUCUGACGCCAGCCACACAAGGAGAUUUUGUUGCUUUGCAGAACCUACUGUCUGAUUUCCAUCUACUCAUUUAUGUUCAUUCUUUACAAAUUUUGAAUUCGGAAGAAUGGAAAAUGUUACUACAAGGAACCGUUCUAGGGAAACAAGACUCGCUAUACAGACUCGUGUCAACGCCAGGUUGGCAAACUUUCGUCAUGAUCCUCCAAGAGAGUUCGUGA